AGAAGCAGCUCGCAUUUGUUUGGAAAAUGGCGGGUGUUUCGAGGGAGGAAAAAGUGGCUCGUUGUGUCUAUGCGGAGUUACAGGUGAGUCCAGGUACAGGUGACAGAAGUGUUCCUCAAUUGAUGUCUUUAAUGUGGAGGGGUUCACUUCCUGUAUCAUGUUUUAAUUGUAGGAUUUGUUCAUUAUUGUUUACUCAGGACACAUUCACGUUUAACAGUAUCUGCAGAAAAAACACAAAAUAGAUUUCAAGAAGUUAGGACCUGUUUGGUGAUAAAUUUACGUCUGCGAUUCUUUCAGGUCUUCCCAUUUGCAACUUAAUACAAAAACAUGAAUAUGACAUUUGAAGCUUCCGUAUGGGGUUUGUGUUUUUAAUGAUAUAAAAUAGCAAACAAGAAGUUUUGAAUCUGAAACAGGUCGGGAACUGCUUUGUCGGUAUUUUUUUAACAUCUGAAACUGGUGUAAAAGUGUCAGCUGAGCAGGUGUACAGAUGUAAGUUUUUAUAAAUAAAUAAUUUCAAUAGAUUAUUCAAAAGGCCAUUCAAAGUUAGCAGGAUCAGAUUCUUAUGUCAAAGCACAUCUUAAGCUUGUUGAGGACACUGAUGGCUUUGUUUUCCUUUGUAUGUCAUAAUACACAGACCUAAAAAAUAGGUCUGUGUCAUAAAUUUCAUGAAACUCCUCACAGGAGCUUUAGUAGGGUCUAGGGUCACACAUACACACUUAGUCUGAUUAAUGACACCUCAAAAUGACCAGUAUCAGUCGACAUCUUAACUCACAAGGCUGAUAAUACUUAAGGUCUGCAGACACUGCAGGCACCCUGUGUGGCUGCUGCUAAGCAGUGUUAAAUACCCUCAAACUGGUGUUUUCUGAAGGACGGGAUAUUAAACCUACAACCCUCACUGGUUUGUAGUUCAUGUACAUUAAAUCAUAGCAAUAGUUAAAUGCAGUUUAACAUUGACAUAAAUGUCAGUCAUAUUCUAAAAUCUACAGCAUACAUCUAUUAUUUCACAAAAGAAGAAUCCGUAUAAAACAUGACACUGGCCGAUAUAACCACAUAUAUAGGAAUGUUGACCAUGAUUAUGUAUGUAUAAAUGGUUUGUGUGUGUUUGUGUGUGAAGGCGCUAACCUGUCCCCUAGUCGAGGGUCUGUACCUGCAGGAGGCCGACAGCAUGUUACAGCUGCUGUGUUCUCCCUCUCAGCACCGCACAGACAUCCUGGCCUGGAUCUGCAGCAGGUAUAGAGAAACUACAGAGAGCAUCACCUUCAGUGUAACUUAUGAGAAAUAAUAUGUAUUAAUAUUUCUAUAACCUCAUUUUGUUUUACAGAAUCAAUCCAAACUUUGGCAUCUCAAAGGCAAGGUCAGGGAGGUCCAAAGAUCCAGAAGAUUUAACUAAAGGUAAUUUUUCUUUUAAAAGAUGACUUUACUGCACAGGAGACCUUAUAAAAUAGUGAAAUAAUUUGAGUGUUAUUUUUUUUGCCUUUAAGUUUAAAGUGAAAUGUUCCUCUGCUAUUGUUUGUUUGAACACACAGACAUGGCUUUGCUGGGGCAGGAGCUGUUGCUGUGCAGAGCUGACGACCUGGAUCUGAUCACAGUAAGGCAUUGUGUGAGACUGCUGUCAAUCUGUAAUUUACACAAAAUGUGCUGUUUCAUCAGUGCAUCUUAUUCCUCCAGGGUGAUGCGAGUCCUCUCAGACAGCUUCAGUUUCUGGAGCAGCUUUUAACUUCAGUCCCCGGCUGCAAAAAUUUUGCAGGAGAACGUACGGAUGCAGAGAGCCUGCUGAACGAGCUCUUUGUAGCAGAGAAUCUGCCUCUUCUCACACAGAUGCUCAGACCCACAUUCAACCCCUGGCCUUCACACAUGAAGUAUGUUGUUUUGGAUUAUCUUCAAACAUAUGAAUCUGUUUUCCCCUCUUUGUUUGUUUGUUUGUGCUGUCUCCUGUGAGGGGCCAGGAUGAGCCGCGUUUACCCUGAUGCUGUUUUAGAUUUCAAACAGUCACCUGCUUCCUCACAAAUGCUCCAGCAAAGCAAUGUUCAUCUGCACUACACGCAUGAAUACUCAUCAAACAACCUCCUGGGUGCAGCAGGCAGACCUGUGUUGGAUUGUCUGCUCUGUGGCUGUUUGGUUGGUUGCAAAAAUUUAAACCAAGGAAAAUGGAAAAUAAACAGCAAAUAUCAUUAAAGUAAGACAAGAGGAUAGUCAGUAUGUGCUCAUACCUCUGCCAGUACUGAAUUUUUAUUGUAAGCUUCUGUGGCAUUGUUUUUCAUGGUACCUGGUUCACACACAACCAAAAAGAGAUUAAGAAACCGGAGUUUGUUUGAGAGAUCUGAACUCUAUUUGUGUCUGAAGAAGAGAUGAAGUCUUAGAGGGAUAUGUUUGCUUUAUCUUUAUCUGUGUGGAUGAGGCCUGACUUGUAUAGGCAUUGGUGUGUUUGUAUCAGUCUGCUCUCUUUCUGUUCUUACCUCACAGGACUUUACAAAAAAACAUCAAGUCCUCCUCUAAACCGAGCAGAGAAGAAGCUGCUGAUGUCUCCGUCCUUAUACAGCAGACUCAGUCCGCUCUGGAGCAGCUUCGGUCAGAGGUCAGAUAUUAAUCAAUGAGGACAAACUGCAUAACAGAAAAUUCACCUGAUGAUAGAGGACUGUGCUCGAUUUGGACUUAAUCCAAAUACUUGACACAUGCUCAAACAUGUAAACAGAAAUGAUAAACUCAGUCUCUGUAGAUUAGACCUCAUGUGUAUCUCUGUUUGCUUUUCUCUCCUCAGUGUGACUUCCUCAGCAAUGAAGCUCAGAGUCCUGACGUCUUCUCUCCAAACUCGCUGCGUGUGGCGGCCUGUGACCUUCAGCAGCUGAUGUCCACUUUCAGCCACGUUUACGAGUCAGACCUGAAAUCAUACUGCAGCAGAGACCCUCCCACCUUCAGCACAGAGACAGACGUCUUCCAGAGAGUCCACCAGCUACUGCUAGCCUUCACCACGGUCAGCACAUGCUCACUCACAUGUAUAAAAGCAAAAAAAAAAGUAAAUCUGACACACCUGACUAUAGAUAUGGUCACGCUGAAACUGAUUUUGGUUUUUCAGGAGCUGGAAAUGAUCAAAGAAGUAUCAGAAGCUUCAGUGUCAGUGAAACAGGAAGUAGACACGCUGCAGACACAGCCUCGGUACUGGAGCCGUGGAGAGAAACGCACAUUAGGUCUGUGAAUAAUCUUUCAUUUUCACUGUCAAUUCAGAGUAGAGAACGCACUUUCAGAGCAGCACUUUAAACCUCUUCAUGUUAGUCUCCCUGAACUCAAUUGAACCAGGGCAACUCUCGGUCCAGAAUUAGAAGAUUGACCAUUUUGUGCUUUUGUUGAUUCCUAGAGCACCAGCUGGAGGAGCUGAACAGGCGGAUUAAAGACUUUUCCUCUCUGCUUCACACCUGAGAUAUUCCUGACAUCAUUCAGUGUUCAGACCAUGGCUGCUGAAGCGAUGAGGACUCUGGUCUGUGGAGGUUCAAGUGUGUUUUUAAGGCUCAGAUAAACUGAUGGAGGUCAUUGGAGCUCCUUCAGUCUGACAUGGAUUCGACAUGGACCUAAAUAAAGUGUUUUGAACUUUGGUUCUGACCCAGCAGGUUUGGUACUGUCGGCUCCAUUCAGCUUCUUUUCUCUAAAUUAACCACGAAUGAGAGCAAUUCAUUAGGGGGACAAAAACAGGAGCUCAGAGUCUGCAGGUAAAAGGGUCUACAGGGUGGGACUAACAUGAGCAGAGCUAGCACUACCAUCCUCAGCAGGUUAGUGUUAACAUACCUGUGCUGGUUACUCACUGCAGAGUGGUUAUAUACCAGUAUAAGAACUUCAUCUCCGUUCAUGGAUCAAGGCAAUGCUACAGGAUGUUAGAGUAGAGCAGAUUUACAUUAGUAUUAACUGAAGCCUCGACCAGCAGACCUGUAAAUGAAUCUCAAGAAUAAAAACAAAUAAUAAUUAUACAUAGGGCAGGGCAAUAUGGGAAAAAGUUUAUCACAAUAUUUCUAUUUUUUUUUUUUCAUAUCAGUCGAUAUUGAUAUAUAUCACAAUAUAUAAAAAUCACUUGUCAAUCUUAAAUGUUCCCUGUUAAAUAAAAUUUAACAGUGCUUACUGGUAGCAUGUCUUGCAAAUACAAUAAGCUACUAUAUCUGUGAGGUCUUUGUGUGUCUUCUGCGUUUUGUCGUAAGGUGUUGCGCUAGAGAAAGUGGACUGACUGGUCUGCUGUUUGGGCUGCACAGCCGCUUGGGCUCCUUUCUCCACUCGGGGUUUGUAACCUUUUGCAUUGCACGUGCUCUGAUACGUGGCACUGCUUCAGGUGGUGAAAAAGAUUUGAGGUAUUCCCCAACUUUGCUAGAACAUUUACUCGACAUAAUUUGCAGUGCAUGUUACUCUGCUUCAUGUCUGACCUCAAAAAAAAAAAAAAAAAUCCCUCCACACCACUGAUGUUUUCAUGCCAGUGUUGUCGACAAUGUCGUCAUCUGUUGAGUCUUCAUCUGCAUUUCUGUCAGGGGUAGCACUCAUUUCCUUUUUUUCUCUCCAACAGUGCUGUUGGCUUCACAUGUUUAAGUGCUAUGGUUGCAUGUAGCUGCAGCCUGCUACUAUGCAGUUUUUUGCUACUUGGUUCUAAUUCAGCACAUGAUUGGUUCAGUGCAAAGCGGACCUGGAGCAACUCCCCUUUUCAUUGGCUAUUUGUAUAGUCUACCUAAAUAUGGCAGAAUUCCAACUAUCAAAAAGCAUUUUGACCAUGUUUUAUAUCAAUAUUGAGGGAAAUUAAUUUUUGAUAUAUAUGUUAUAUAAUCACCCAGCCCUUAUUACACAUAUACCAACCAUAAUUAUGAAAAAAGAUAUUUACAACUAUUAUAUAUUUUAAUUUUUUUGUGGUUUGGGAAUAAACACAGCAUCAGA